AUGGCAAACAAGCAAUCUGCGACGCUGGACCAGCUCCUCGGCCCCUCCCUUCUCGGCCAGGUCUACACCUUCUGGUUCCAGCACAUCCCCUCAAACGCGCGCCUGCUCCUCCCCUCCGCGGAAGACUGGAAGAAAUGGUUCUUCAAAUCCGACGAGUUCGACAGCGCAUGCUCGUCGCAAUUCUCGCCCAUCCUCGCCGCCAUCCGCGAGGCCAGCGCCUCCGCAGAGGACGUCCUCUCGCGGGCUAACCCCUCCACCCCACAAGACUGGCUAGCCCUUAUCAUCCUGCUGGAUCAACUCCCCCGCAACAUCUACCGCGGCGAAUCAGCCCGCAUCGUCUUUGAGUUCUUUGACCCCCUCGCGAGAACUAUCGCCCUCAAAGCUGCAGACGCAGGAUACCCAUCCGGCAAUCGCAUUCCGAGUCCCUUCCGCUACCGCCAGGGCCAGCGCAUAUGGUUCUAUUUGCCGUUUAUCCAUGCUGAGGAUCUAGACAUGCAGGAGCUUGCGCGGGUCAAGUAUGAGGAGAUGGCGGAGGAUUUCACCCGUCUGCUUGACGGGGAUGCGACGGGGUUAUCAGACGACGAGGCGGAGUGUCGCCGUAUUCUUUUGGAGAAUCGGCUGAGGCUAGAGGAGCACCUGAACAUGCAUUCCCGGGUGCAGAGGGAGCAUUAUGAGCCUGUUGCGCAGUUUGGGCGGUUUCCGCAUCGGAAUGCGGCGUUGGGGAGGGUGACGAGCGAGGAGGAGAGGAGGUUUCUGGAGGAGGAGAAGAUGUUUGGGUAG